AUGUACUAUGGACCGGUUAGCCGAAAACUGGAUACAAUUUCCUUGGCAGUUUCUAUUAAAGCCAACUGUAAGACCGACCUCACUAGUUUAAUUAAGGAAAUUGGAAUGGCUGGAGCGAGUAAAGCAACAAAACAGGCAAGAAUAAAAGGGCUCUGGUGGUGGUUGGAAAAAUACAGUACAUUAGGACUGUCUGCUUUAAGCCAUCAACGAGUAUGCAAAAAUAUCAGACCACUAUGUAUUUUUUGUAUCCCAUUUAUGCUGCUUAAUAACUGGGAAGCUUCUUGGCGGAUCACAGUUAGGCCUAAUCCUCGUGUCUGGAUAGGAGCUAAUAAUGUGCAGUUGACAAACUUAUUGGAUCGCUUGAGGAUCAACUGUGUCACAAAAUCCCGAUCACUUUUUUUUCACUGUGAAACUGAACUGAACCGGGAAUUCGGUCUGUCCCUUUGUAAUUUUUUUUUGGUAUUCGGUACUUGGCUCAGUUAUGAAGUGCAGAAGAACCAGUCAGACUUGUAUGACAAUAAAUAG